AUGCAGCUUAAGGGUCACAUUGAAGACUUUCAUGCGUCACUCUCCUGCGAUUCAACUGGUAACGCUCGCACAGCGCUGGGGCGGCUACUAAUGGACGGCAUUGCUCAGAUAAUGAGCUUCAUGCCUCCACAGUCCAUCACUCGCAGUAUUCACACACUGAGUGCCGUGUGUCCACAGAUGAGACUGGACGCGGAGACGCUGAGGAUCUACCGUUACGUUGAUGAGAGCUACGGCGCAGUGGUGGUUAGCGACAACCAGCUGGUCUACGGAAUCACAGAGAUGAGGAACAGGCAAGCCCCUCCGACGUUUGCGCAGUCACUGUGGUGGGCGGAUUGGUGCGGUCUGCCACUGAGUGUCGUUGUCGCCAACGCACGCAGCGACGUACUGGCACUUCUAACGGAGAGUGAUAGAGACCGUGUGGAGGAGCUGAUCGUCUACGUCUUUUCAGAGGUUGUGUGUGCGCAAGACAGCGCAUCAGAGUGCGACGGUCGGUGCAGCACAGUUCUCUGUGCGCUUUCGACGUUUCCACGUCUGACCAAACUGCGGAUUAGCGGCUUUCGAUGUACUUAUGGGUCUCGAGCUACAGAUGACCUGAGUCGCGUGCUACGUGUUGCAGCGAAGAUGCCGAUCAGCGAGAUCCGCAUUUCGUUCUUUAUAAACCUGUCUGACCUCUCUGCGCUGGCGGGAUCGCAGCACCUUCAACGUCUGACAGUCACUUACUGUGGAAUACGGUCCGUAAAAGAUUUGGUGAGCUGUUCGAUGCUCGAAGAGCUCGACAUCUCCGAAAAUCGUCAGCUGCAGAGUGUUUCGGAGCUCGCCGACGCACCACGUCUCAAAACUCUAGUCGCAAGGCAUUGUGACAUAAAGAACUUAAACGGCCUCGGCAACUUCCCCCACCUCAUCAAUCUUGACGUGUCACGCAACGUGUUUUUAAACAAUCUUCGCGGCCUCGCGGGCGCACCGUGGCUUCGGGUUAUGAAAGCGAACUAUUGUACUCUACUGCGCUGCAUCGACGGGCUCGGCAGCUGCCACGAACUUACGGAUCUCGAGAUCCGCGAAAACUUGGCAUUGAAAGAGCUGGGUGGCCUUGCUGGUGCGUGGUCACUUCGGCGAAUCGAUGCAUUACAUUGUAAUCUGCGCAGUGUAGAGGGGCUCGACCGCUGCCCGCGACUUGCUACGAUCGAACUGAAUGCGGACAUCAAGUUAAAAGGAAUCCCUGGCCUUGCCGGAUGUAUCCGUUUGAAAUGUUAA